UAGUGCCUUUAGAACUUUUAUUUUGAAAAGUCAAAACGUGACGUAACACAACCCGGAAGUAGCAAAUCCAAGUGUGCCCCUGUCCUUUCAGAAUUGGCAUGGUGGUGCUGGGCACGACGCUGCUCAGGGCUCUGCGGACCCUGCGACCUCCGACACCGGCCGUGGCUCCAGUCAGGCUCCCGGUACGGCCCGUCCUGUCCCCGGUGUGGAAGUGGACAUGUCCCGUCAGGACACUGCAGGUGUCUUCCGCUGUCCACGCAGGACACAACAAGUGGUCCAAAGUGAGACACAUCAAGGGACCGAAAGACGGGGCGAGAAGCACUACGUUUCACAAACUUGGGAUGUUGCUAAGAGCAGCUGUGAGAGAAGGUGGAGCUAACCCAGAGAUGAACACCAGCUUGGGCCACAUAUUGGAGCAGUGCAGAAGGAAGAACAUGCCGAAAUCAACCAUAGAUUCAGCCAUCAACAGUGGGAUGAAGCCAGUAACACAUCAAGUGUUUGAGGUCCGGGGACCCAGUGGAUGUAUGCUGCUCGUCGAGGUCCUGUCUGAAAACAGCAUGCGCACCAAUCAGGAAAUCAGACGCCUUCUUAACAAGUACAGAGGGAUAAUGUCCGACAAAGCCCGGAACAACUUUAUCCAGAAGGGUGCAGUGGUGGUGUCGGGUGAGAAUGUCACCACUGAGAAAGCCCUGGAGUUAGCCAUCGAGGCAGGAGCUGAAGACGUCCAAAAUAUUGAGGAUGAGGAGGAGAAGCCCCAACUGAAGUUUGUUUGUGCUGUGGCAGACCUGCACAAGUUGCGAGGCUCUCUGGAGAGCCUGGGGAUGGAGGUUACAUCUGCUGAGUUCGAAUAUGUUCCUCGUAAUACCAUCUGUCUGGACGCCGACCAGAUCGAACAGGCUUCGAUCCUCAUAGACGCUCUCAUUGACUGUCCAGAUGUGGUGCACGUGUGGGACAACAUCCAGGCUGACAGCUGAGGGCUGUUCUCGGACUCUCUGCGGACACUGACUGUGUGUGUGAAAUAUUUAAUUUCACUGCUAAACAGUUUAAAGGGAUCCCGAUUAGUUGUAACAUUAGACUUU